AUGGCCCAGUCAAAGGAACAAAGUUAUACCUCAGUUAAGAUACAGUUGAGUGGAACCAUGAAGGGUGUUGAAGAUAAGAAGAAGGUUCUGGCUGUGCUGGAAACCCUCAAGAAAAAGCAAAGGAAUUUUGCCAAACUGAAUAUCAAGCACUUGAGAAAGAAGUUUGCCCAAAAGAUGCUUCGAAAGGCAAGGAGGAAGCUUAUCUAUGAAAAAGCCAAGCACUAUCACAAGGACUAUAGGCAAAUGUACAGAACUGAGAUUCGAAUGGUUAGAAUGGCAAGAAAAGCUGGCAACUUCUAUGUACCUGCGGAAUCCAAAUUGGCAUUUGUCAUCAGGAUCAGAGGUAUCAAUGGCGUGAGCCCAAAGGUCCGAAAAGUGUUGCAACUUCUUCGCCUUCGCCAAAUCUUCAAUGGCACCUUUGUUAAGCCCAACAAGGCCUCAAUUAACAUGCUGAGGAUUGUGGAACCAUAUAUUGCAUGGGGGUACCCGAACCUGAAGUCAGUAAAUGAACUAGUCUAUAAGCGUGGUUAUGGCAAAAUCAAUAAGAAGCAGACUGCCUUGACAGAUAGCUCUCUGAUUGCAUGA